AUGGAACUGUACAAAACUCGUCUUUUCCAUCAUUCCCUCCCCUCUUCACCAGUCACCACUCCUUUAUCCAUCCUCGAUGCCACCGUUGCCCGAUUUGCCCCAGCAGGCGCAAUUUGGCUAUUCGAUCAUUUUCCAGAUAAUAUCCCGGAAAGAGAAUUCGUCGAUCGUCUCCGAUCCUCGUUUCUGCAAUGGGCCCCAGAUCAAGGAGGCGGGCAUCACACCGAGCGCUUCAACCGGCCCAUGGUCGUCUAUGGGACGCCUAAUGAUCCCGGAGUUGAGUGGCGUGUCGUCAAGCGAGACGACAUAUCGAUCGGAUCGCUAGUACCUUCAGCCAUGGAACGAUCAACCGCGGGAACCUGGAACGGGAAUCAUUUCCCCCAGAGAGAUUUCCUGUGUGAGACCCCAUUGGCAUUGCAUGAUCUGCGUGAGUACCAGGGAUUACCCGGUAUGCAAGUGCAAAUCACGCUAUUCAAGGACGGCGCAUACGCAGUUGCAGUUCGAAUGGCGCAUGCCCUUGCCGAUGCUCAGACUCUGAUGGUAUUUAUGCAUCAAUGGGCGGCUGCCAGUAGAGCGGCGUUUGGUUCAGAAUACACAGAGUCAUUGAUGGGCGCUCCAGUCUUUAAUCCAGCACUUUUAGACGCACAUGCUGCCGGGGAUAUUGAUGGCGCAGCGCCGGAUCCGGGACUGAUUGCGACAGCGCGUGAGCUGCCACUGCACCGGUUCGACUGGUGGAAGACGGACGAUCCGGGAUAUCCGAAGGUAAUGGUGCCCAAUACGCUGAACUCGAUGCCUUCUCGUGAGCUACUGGACGGAACCGAACUGACUCCAUCGGCAUCUGCACCAUGGACAUCGUGGGACCUGUCCAGGCCGAUUCGCUACACCCAGGUCCAUUUCUCAGGUGAUCAAUUGGCAAAUUUCAAACGCAAAGCGCUGGCGGAUGGCCGAGGGGAUAUCUCUCGACUCGACGCAUUACUCGCUCACCUCUGGAUCUCCAUCAACCGUGCCAGGAAUCUCGCCAAUUGCCCCGACUCCGUCUUCCUAGAUCUCUCUAUCGGCACUCGAACCCGCGUGUCUCCUCCUCUACCCGAGACAUUCCUCGGAUCACCCCUCUUCCUGACUCACGUAGGCGCGCCAGCAAAGUCCCUUUGCACUGCAUCCAUCGGAACCAUUGCUAGCAAAAUCCGAGAAACGGUGGCCCUAUUUACAGCAGAGAAGAUCGGUGCGGUGCUCCACGAUGCCGCGUACGAGGCUUCCCCACAGCGGCUGUGGCAGGCAUUCUUGGGGACCCGACAUGUCCUGGUAACCUCCUGGUUGCGACUGAAAGUGUACGGAGUGGAGUUUGUGGGCGAUGGGAACCGUCCGCGGUAUGUGCAUGCCGUAUUGCCCAAGCUGGAUGGAGAGGUGCAGGUUAUGGAAUCGGGGGUCGAUGAUAACGGGGUGGAUGUGGCAUUGUAUCUGGAGGAAGAGGCCAUGGAGAGGUUCCUGGCUGAACAGAGGCAGUUGACGGCAUAG